GAAAUUUUCAACGGAGAUUUCCGUUUCCUUUUCGUCGCUGGAAAACGUUUAGCGGACACCGUGGUAGUAGAAGAGUGUAGAAACAUUUCAGAAAAUUUUGUAGCUUUAAAUAACUAGAGGGUUAUUUUUUAUCAGCGUAAUUUGUGACGGACGCAAACAACGGGAAUUAAAUAGUAACGAAGAAACUCUAUAUUCCACUGUAGAACAGCCGAAUAAAGUGAGAGAUUUUCCCUCAGCAUGUCACUGCCCAAACGUGAGGUUGAUGAACUGAGGCCAUGGGUGGAACGUACAGUAAAGAAGGUCCUUGGUUUUUCUGAACCUACUGUGGUCAAAGCAGCAUUACAUUGUGUAGGAAAAGGCCUGGACAAAAGGAAAACCACAGACCAGCUAAGGCCAUUUCUUGAUGAUUCAGCAAGCAGCUUUGUUGAGCGUCUGUUUGAAGCUCUUGAGGAAAGUAGAAACUCCCGUGGCAAUAAAGGAGCAGGAGAGAAGAACCGCAAAAGAGAGCUGAAGGAAGUGUUUGGAGAUGAGAUGGAAGGAGUGAAGGAUGGAGACAAUGUGGAAUCUGUGGUAAAGAAGAAGAGGGUGCCUCGCUUUGAGGAGGUGGAGGAACCACCUGUUUUACCUGGACCCCCUACAGAGAGUCCUGGCAUGCUCACCAAAAUGCAGAUCAAGCAAAUGAUGGAAGCAGCCACCCGGCAGAUAGAGGAGAGAAAGAAACAGCUAAGUCUUGUGACUCCUAGUCCUAUUGUGCAGACAGACUCUAGUGCUCCACAACCCAUCCUUCCAGCAGUGGGUGCGACCCAGUCCAUCGCUCCCUCUCAGGCUGCUAACUUCAUGAAUGACGCUAUAGAGAAAGCCCGCAAGGCAGCUGAGCUGCAGGCCAAAAUCCAGUCCACACUGGCUAUGAAACCUGGAAUUCUGGGAGCUUUGGGAAACACAGGGCCACAUAACCUGGUAGCCCUGGCUAACCUGCACGCCAUGGGCAUUGCACCACCUAAAGUGGAACCACGUGAGGUCACAAAGCCAACACCCCUAAUUUUGGAUGAGCUUGGACGAACUGUUGAUGCCAGUGGGAAAGAAGUUGAACUCACUCAUCGUAUGCCCACUCUAAAAGCCAACAUCAGAGCAGUGAAAAGGGAGCAGUUUCGGCAGCAGUUAAAGGAAAAGCCCAGUGAUGACCUGGAAUCCACGUCUUACUUUGACACACGUGUGUCCAUCAACUCUGCACAGAGAGCCAAGAGAGGGUUUAGGUUCCAUGAACAGGGACGCUUUGAAAAGAUCGCACAGCGCAUACGCACAAAGGCUCAGUUGGAGAAAUUACAGAUGGAGAUUGCUCAGGCUGCUAAGAAGACUGGCAUACAGGCCUCCACUAAACUGGCUCUUAUUGCCCCCAAAAAGGAAUUGGGAGAGGGGGAGAUUCCUCACAUAGAGUGGUGGGACUCCUACAUUCUGCCUUCCCACAUAGAAUUAUCUGCACAUAUAAAUUUUGAUGAGGUGGAAAUGCAUGGAGUCACCAACCUAGUUGAACACCCAAUUCAGAUGGCCCCUCCAGUGGAUACAGAUAAGCCGGUGACUCUGGGUGUGUAUCUGACCAAGAAGGAGCAGAAGAAGUUGAGGAGACAAACUCGCAGAGAAGCCCAGAAAGAGUUGCAGGAAAAGGUCCGAUUGGGUCUUAUGCCCCCACCUGAACCUAAAGUGCGAAUCUCUAAUUUGAUGAGGGUUUUGGGCACGGAAGCUGUGCAGGACCCCACUAAAGUGGAAGCUCAUGUUAGAGCACAAAUGGCAAAGAGGCAGAAAGCCCAUGAGGAGGCAAAUGCAGCACGCAAACUCACAGCAGAACAAAGGAAAGAGAAGAAGGUGAAGAAACUUAAGGAGGAUUUGAGUCAUGGGGUUCACAUUGCUGUUUACAGAAUCCGAAAUCUGCAUAAUCCAGCCAAGAAGUUUAAGGUGGAGGCCAAUGCAAACCAAUUGUACCUCACUGGCACUGUUGUCCUUCACAGAGACGUCAACAUUGUAGUAGUAGAGGGAGGCCCCAAAGCACAGAAGAAAUUUAAACGACUGAUGUUAAAUAGAAUCAAAUGGGAUGAGCCGAAUUCCAAGAGAGAUGUGCCUCAAGAUUCAGAUGAUGAGAGUUCCAGAAAGAAUAAUAAAUGCACAUUGGUUUGGGAGGGUACAGCCAAGGAACGUAGUUAUGGGGAGGUAAAGUUUAAACAGUGUCCAACAGAAAGUAUGGCUAGGGAACAUUUUAAGAAGCAUGGCACCGAGCACUACUGGGACUUGGCUCUGAGUCAGAGUGUUCUGGAGACAACUGAUGACUGAGAAACUGACAAAGCUCAGUCGAAAAAGAACAAAGAAACCAUGGAGCCUUUGGCAUGUGCACCUUGCACGUUUUUUUUUUUUUUAAACCUUUUUUUUUUAAUCCAUUUUUUUUUUUUUUUGAGAGAGAGUGUGAAGGAAAUGGAAUUAGACUGUCAGAGAGAAACCGGUAUAUGUAAAUAUAGUUUGAGUGUGUAAGAGAAGGAUUGUUUUCGUACCUGCAAUACAAGUGUGCGAGGCUUAAGAACAAGAGCUGGUGUAAUGAAUAGGAUAUUAAACCUUAUGUGUACUGCAGAACUUUACCAUGCUGGAAGCUUGAAUAAGAGUGAACUCUGGUUUUGUAUCUCUUGUAACAGUUUUGUAAUGUAGGCUGUGCGGUCUUUGAUCUUGUCUUAUUUCUACUUUGGAUUCAUCUUGUUUGAGUCUUGCAUCUUGUUCUCUCUACAUUUUGAUGCAGUCUUUUCAGUAAAUGAGCUUCACUCCAGAAACUUAACUAAAAAAUUAAUUGACACUGUAAUUUGUUACUGAAUGCACAAACAAGAGCAUUGUUUUCUGUAUGAUAGAAAACUGGUGAUUCUAGUAUGGCUAAAAUAAAGAAUGGAGAAAUUCAUGAAA